UAAAUAAAGCAGUUGAAAUCCUCACACCCUUUUACAGUGCUCCCCCCUUUUGCCUCAUAAGUAUUCAUACGAAUAAUAAACGGUGUAUGCGCGUUUCGAUUCUGAACUUAAUACAGAGUUGUAUUAGUAGAGAUAGAGAGAGGGAAGAAGAGAGAGAGAGAGAGAGAGAGAGAGAGAGAGAGAGGGGCGAAGAUGGGGUGGAUCGGAGAGCAGAUCGAUUCAGUCAAAUCCUUGAAUUUCAGACAAUUUCUCACUCAAGCCGUCAGCCUCGGUAUGAUCGUCACGUCAGCACUUAUUAUAUGGAAAGGGUUAAUGUGUGUUACUGGAAGUGAAUCACCAGUAGUUGUUGUGCUUUCUGGAAGUAUGGAGCCUGGUUUUAAAAGGGGCGACAUCUUGUUCUUGCAUAUGAGCAAGGACCCUAUUCGUGCUGGAGAAAUUGUUGUCUUUAAUGUUGAUGGGCGUGAAAUUCCUAUUGUCCACAGAGUUAUUAAGGUUCAUGAGCGCCAAGAUACUGGGGAAGUUGAUGUCCUUACAAAAGGAGAUAAUAAUUUUGGAGAUGACAGACUUCUCUAUGCUCAUGGUCAGCUCUGGUUGCAAAGGCAUCAUAUUAUGGGAAGAGCCAUUGGAUUUUUGCCGUAUGUAGGUUGGGUUACGAUAAUCAUGACUGAGAAGCCAAUCGUCAAGUAUAUACUGAUAGGCGCUUUGGGGUUGCUGGUUAUUACUUCAAAAGAAUAGAGAGGGUGAAGUGCCCCAACUUUGACAUUGAGAGAUUAUAGAGAGGAUAGGAAUAUCGAAGAGAAAUAUGAACAACUUGACUGAUGACUGUGUAUGUUGAGCUCCUCCAAAGGGAGUCGGAAAAUUUAUUAGCUGGAUUUUUGGUCUUCUUGUUUAUGGAGAAUUUUCGACUUGUGUUCUUGGCUUCGGUUCACCCUCGACGGCUUGUUUACUUUGGUUUAUGCAUUACAAACUACUUGUUCGUAUAUUUAUAUUGUCUUUUAUAAAUUUAUACUGAUUUAUUCA